AUGUUAUCGAAGCUAAAUAAUAUUUUCUUAGUUUUUUUAAACAGUGUUCGAGCCAUUGGUAGUGCCGCUUUGAAUUUAUGUUUAGUUGCUGAAGGUAGUUGUGAUGCUUAUUUUGAAUAUGGACUUGACAUUUGGGAUUAUGCUGCUGGUGAUUUAAUUGCUCGAGAAGCAUGUACAUAUACCUGUGAUCCAUCAGGUGGUCCAUUAAAUCUUCAAGAUCAUCGUAUUUUAUGUACAGCUACGAAAAUACUUGCAGAACAAAGUUCUCCAUUAAUUAGUUAUAUUAAUUAA